UGUACCACAUUUUCUUCUUCGUCCACUUCUUUUGCGCGCGCUCAAAGUACCGCUAUAUGUGGAGCGUGUGGAGCAUGUGGAAGGGGGAUCAAGAAUGAGAAGGGGCUCUCAGGUGAGCAAAACCUGGAGGGAGACCCAGUGACACCGUUGGUGGCCAGUUUCUGUGCAACCGUCGAGCACACUGCACACGCGUUGCGCCAUCUCUUGUUGUCCAAGACACACAGAGUGAGCAAGAGAGAGAGAGAGAGAGAGAGACAGAGGGUCGAGUGAGAGAGUGUUAGAGGCAGGAGAGUGCCUUUGCUCAGGAAAGGAUUUAACGUGACAAUACUGUGUCUACUGUGUGAGAGAAAGAGAGAGAGAGAGAGAAAUGUGACGGUUUUUUUUCAAAUUUGAAAUUUAUAUUUCUUUUUUUUUUCUCAAAAAAUUUCUUUUCUUUGUGUUAUAUGGUUUUUUGUUGUUGUUAUUAUUCACUGUUUGACAUUUCUCUUCUAAAGAGAGAAAGAGAUAGAUAGAUUGCAUUGCAAAGAGAGUGCAAGAAAUAAAAUAGAAAAAGCGCGGGAAAGUGCUUUUAAAAAAAAGGAGAGAGAAAGAGAGAGAGGGAGUUAAAGUGUUCUGAGAGAAAAAAAGUGUGCUUUCUUCAAUUUGGAAUUAUUAUUUCUUUUUUUUUUUGACACAAAAGGAAGAAAUCUUUCAUAACGAUGAUCGUGAGGACAUUGUCCAUCAUCAGUAUCAGCAUAUUUGCGAUCAUAAAUCAACUGACUAGCAUAACUGAGGCUAAAAAUGCAGAUGAUUUGUCAACAAUUCAACCGUCAGUGGUGAAAGUGUUGCCAGAUCAGGAUGUCGCCACUGUUCUCAUCGCUCAGAGUGAUCGCCUACCACAUGGACGCUUCCUCAGUGUCCGACCAACUGUUGGUGUCCUUACAUCAACAGCCCGUACCUUCAUCCAGGGCGGUGCUACAACGGAAUUUGCCAGUCAAGUUCUUGCUACAACACUACCCGAUGGACGGUAUGCCCAUCUACUGGCCCGUAGCAGUAGGGUCUUCUACGAGGGACAACAAUCUCGAUUGUCAAAUUCACCCGAUCCCCGUUUCAAUGAUGUCACCCAUUCAGAUGCGUGGAAUGAUGUUGAAACAUUCAUUGGAAAUACUGAUUAUGUUGCAACACCAAGGCUCGAUGUUGUUGGGGUGUCUUUGGUCAAUGUUGAUGGUGUUGCGGAUGUCAUUGAAGCUAGUAUAGUACCACCUGAAGUUGCCUCAAUGGCGGGAAUGGGAAAAAUUGAUGAGAUUGCUGUUGUACCACAACGUCUAACGGCUACUGUCAAUCUAGCAACAUUCACCGUUGGUCAGGAUGUUGAUGGGGGAUUUGGUGCGGUAUCAGGGGGAAUUGUUGAUGAUGCUGAAGUUGCUGAGAGUGGACGUGAAGCUAGAAAAUUGCCUGGAUUUCAACAAUUGAUGGGCGAUGCUGUGUUGUCGAGAGUUACGUACUACGGUUUUGCCGAUUUUACAACAACAGUUGGUGAUACUGUGAUUGUAUUUAGUCCGAGUACGGUGCAACCAGAGGGAGGACAGAUAACGUCAAUUGUUGGCGAUGCAACGAUUAAGGAAGAGAUUGUUGCUACAACGACAACAUCUGCAACGAUGACUACAACGACGACUACAACGACGACUACAACAACGACGACAACAACGGAGGAAACAACAGAGGAACCAACAACAUCGCCAAUGACGACGACAACAGAAGAACAACAAGAAGUACAUCAACAAAAUGUUGAUGAAGAGGAAGAGGAACAGGAAGAAGAGGAAGAAGAGCAAGAUCAAAUGGAGGAAAAUGAAAUAUCCCCACCGGUAGAUCAACCAAAACUAUCAACCCCAACAAAUGAGGACAUCUCAAAGAUAUUCCAGUCUCUAGCAAUGGCAACGGCAUCUACAAUGCCAGUUGUAGUGACAACAGAACAAGAAACCCUAGUUCGAGGAGGUGUUACAACAAUUUUCUUCGAAGAUGAAGCACCAGCAACAAUGGCAACAAUUGUUCCGAGUCAGGUACAGAAGAGUGUUGAUGCAAUUGAUGUUGAUGUUGAUAGUUCGAUGAGUUCUAACUGUGAAAAUGGCGAUACAUUGACGUAUUUGACGACAUUCUUCUUGCCAGAUAGUACAUCAAUUCGAACUAAUACAGUGACACAGUGUCAUACGGUUCUGGCGACAACAGAAGCAACAGAAGAGACUACAACAUUGACGACAACGACAACAGAGGACACAGAAGACACAACAACAGAAGGUCUUCCUGAAGAAACGACAGUUCGUGAUGAUACAGAUGAUGCAGAUAGUGCACAAUCAACAACAGAUGAAGUCGCAACAACAGAAGGCACAACAGAAGCAACAACAGAACAACAACAAGAACUAUCGGAUAUAGAAGUCAUCUACAAGACACUCUAUACAACGUAUACGUACCUAACAACAUUUUUCCACGAAUCAACAUCAAGUGUAUCAACACGUAAGGAAGUUGUAACGAAUGUUGUUACAACAACAAUAACACCAGCAAUGCUAGAAGAUCUAGCUGAUAUUGUACGUGGAAUGGAGGAUAAUCCCAGUGAUAGUCAACAGGGAAAGGCAAUUGGAAUUGGAGUAGGACGUCCAACAGUUGCAUAUACGCCAACGCCCGUUCUUGAGGAUGUUGCAAGGGCUAUUGGGGCAUCAACAGAUGGCAUUAAGACCCUGUAUACAACGUAUACGUACUUUACGACAAUUUUUGUCGAUGGUGAAACAGAUAUAUCAAGUCGAACGGAGGUUUAUACUAACUACGUUACUCCGACUACAACAAUUGCACCAACAACAACAACAACAUCUGAUGGGUAUUCAACGAUGACAAGGACAGCAGGGAAUAUUACAAUGAUGGUUACGGAUGUAAGGAGUAGUUCAAGCAAUGGCGACAGUGAAGUAAUCAACAAUCAAUUGGACGAUCAAAUAAGUAGUGAGAGCAAUACAGAUGAAAUACUACCAUCUGCAACGUUGUUGUUGCAAACAUCCUUCACAACAUUCACCUAUUUUACAACAAUGUACAUGGGUACGACAUCGAGUGUUGUAUCACGAUUGGAAACCGUUACAAAUGUUGUAACUGAAACUGUUGAUAGUAUCGUACCAGAUGCAACACUACCCAUUACGUACUUCACGACAUUCACCUAUUGGACAACACUGUUUCGGGAUGGUACGACAACGACAACAUCGAGAGAAGAGACAGUUUCGAAUGUUGUUAGUGAGAAAAUGGAUGAAACAACAAUGGUUGAUGCUGAGAAGAUGUCAACAGAUGUUGUAGCUACAACGCCAACAACAUUCUUCACAACGUACACGUAUUUUACAACGUCCUACGUUGGCGAUGAUACAGUACUGAGUAGUCGUUUUGAGACAGUUACAAAUGUCGUACCGCCCCCUGUGGCAACACCACGUGCCAUCAACAUCAACACAGUCAAUGCAAAUGCAAUUGUUGAUGAGACAAAAGAUGUUGUAUCGAGGAAUCAUGGACGAAUUGUUGAUGCAGAUGGUAUUACAACAAUUCUAUUUACAACUGAAGCUGUUGGUACACUUAUUGAUAGUCUCUAUGCCCAGGUUAUUGAGAGUACAUCAACUGUUGUUGUUGAUGAUGCAAAAGCAACAGCAGCCAGUUCUACAACAACCCUCCCAACGGGAUUAGUACGGUUAAUUGAUGGGACAAUUGUGACAAAUCGCACUACAACACUGUAUCAAUCUCGUGUUAUUGGAACGGUAAUUGAUGGACGAUAUGCCCAGAUAAUUGAGAGUACUAGUAGCUAUCUGAUUGAUCGUACGGUGUCUCCGGUUGCAUCAACACAACCGACAAUUGAACCAACGCCGGAAAUUGCAACAGAAAGUGCAACAACAGAACCACCCGAAGAGACGACAACGGAAUCAACACGUGGAGGACUCUUUGGGACACGUAAGAGAACCUUUACACCGGUCAUCAGGCCAUUUUCCAGUCGUGCUCGUCCGACGUUCAAUCCAAAACGCAAAGGAGCCACUACAAGUGCCCUUACGGUUACAAGAACGGACCUAACGCCUACGAUAAGGGCAACGCCAGCACUUAAAGUUGAAUCAAAGGGUAGAUUUACAUCGAGGAGACAGUCGGCACCGGUUACACCGUCGAGUAGUAGGCGAUUUACACGUCCUGCACCGUCGUCAACACGUCGAGUGGCUGUUGCGCCUCAAUCAACAAUUUCGGAAGACAGUACAACAUCAACGAGGUUGCCAACAUUGAGAUCAAGGCGUCCUAGUUUGCCAACGAGGCGUACGACAGUACCAUCAACCGUUGUGACGACAACACCGAGGGCUAGGACGCCCCUUAGGGUUAGUUUUGGGAAUAGGACGAGGAUAGGUUCGCUAUUUCCGCCAAGGGCACUGCUCCGGCAGCAACAGUUGCAGCAGGAACAGGAGGACCAGGAGAAGGACGAGGAUGUUGAUGAUGGCAAUGGAGGCGUUAGACGUAAGAGACAGGUUCAGCAUCAACGCCGUAGACGUCAAAUCGGUGAAUAUGGCAGUCGUGCUAGAUAUAUUGGUCGUAGGACAACUACAACAACCCCAGCACCGGCCUAUACUCCCUAUCAACCGGCCUACAGACGUCGUACGACAACUCCACAGAAUACCCGAACCCGAUCACCCUAUCGUACAUCACCACAACGCCAGAGAGCCACCUCUAGGCGUCCUCCAACACGUACAAGAGGCCGAACAGAACCACCUGAAUAUGCCCUACCACCGCCCGAUGGUACCCUAACCGUUACUCACUUCGUCCCUGUAUCAACAUCCGUGGCAAAAGUUGAAAAUGGCGCUACGCAGUAUCGUCAUGUUGUUACACAGAGUCGUAGUGUUGAAACUGUAACGCCAGGUGCCUAUACCGUGAGUCAGGGUGUUGAUGGUCAACCUACAACUCACCUCAGUCAAUUGACAACCCUAAAUCCCAACGGGGCAACAGAAAUCAUCAAAUUAUGGCUUAGAGAAUCACCAACGACAACAAUUAUCUUCACUCCAACAACAAUUCGUGGUCGUCGUACGUCAUUUAGUCACAUUCUACCAACAACAGCCUAUACCGUUGAAAAACUAAUAUCAACAAAACCAAUUGAUGCCAAUGCACCAUUGGCAAAUAUCCUCCUAUCUCAACUAUUACUAGGAAAUCUAGGCCAAUUAAAUGCAUUCAGUAACUUUGCCGUACUGCCUACAAUUGCCCCAACAAAACCAGCAACACACUAUCAAACCCGUUCGACAACAUUCGUCACAACACUAACAAAUGAACUAUCAACAAUACUCCCCCUUACAUUCCACGGUAAAGAAAUCCUAACAACAAUCUACGAUAGAACACUAUCAACGGUAACAGCAACAGAAUACAUCACAGAUACAAUUGUUGAUCAACCAAGUCAAGCUGUACCACAACAGCAAGCACUAAAUAGCCUACUACUGCCACUACUACUCCAACAAAAUACCCAAACAGACGAUGGACGCCAUUUGCAGGCCAUAGAAGAUGAUAUAAAGCCAUCAACGUCAAUUGUAACACUGUACGUGAGUGGUAGGACACCAGGUGACUUUUCAACACUCCUAUCGACAACAGUUAUAGGUAAUCAACAGGAUCAACAUCGACCAAAGCGUACAGUUUCGACAGAGAUGUUAGCAACAGUACCACCAGAUGUCACAACGGUGCCUUUUUUAGUCUAAGUGACCCCAGAAUUAACCCUGGGGUCGAUAAAACAGACAACGAUAGUGGUAGUAGUAGCAAAAGGACACGAAUUGUCAUUCAACGACGUCGUAUACCAGUACGACGUACAAGAAUUCACACCAUUAGACGUAGACUAACAACGACAGUUACGACAAAACCAAGAACCUUCACAUAUGUAAUUGAACGUGUAAAUGGAGCAGAACGUAUCACAAUGUCAUCAACUGAAGUUAAAUUUGUACCAAUAACAAUAACAAAGGUGGCUGAGCAUCCAUUCUCAUCCACAGUUCCAGCCAUUCCAUGGGAAGAUCCUAACCACAAAAUUUCCCCUUCAGAACCUUCUGUUGGGGGUACUACUAAAAAAAGUAAAAAAAUCACAAGAAAACUAAAAGCAAGAAAUAAAAAGACAUAACAAUUUUUUUUUCUUUGGUGUUACAAGCAAAAAGAGAAAUGCUAUAAGAAAUUAAAUUUGAAAAAAAAAGAAAACUAUGGAAAGAUAAGAAAAAAUUAGAAAGAAAGAAAAUGAAAA